UUCACAGUUAGGAAUCAUACCUAGUGCGUUUUUGCAGCCACUGUAUGAAUAUUGCCAAAUUAGUUUAUUGAUGCGGAUUCUCAUUUGUUUUGGAAUUUGGCAUGAUUGUGAGAAAAGUGAAAAAUACUUGCUUAAUUUUAAUCUGUUAAUAAAUUAGCUGAAAAUGCAUUGGGCUAAAAACUAAAGUAUUGAUUGCGUGCGGAAAUUAGGAGAAUAUGGAGACCAAUGAUGAGGUUGUGGAAAGACAAAAGCUAGUUUGUAACGACAUCGAUGGCGAGGAGGACCAUAACAACCUGUCGACCAUACCACAAUCAGAUCCAAUAUCCGUAGCUUCUCCACCUUCCCCGACAGUGCCAAAAAUUAAUAUAACCAUGUCCAGUGGUGACACAACUCGUAGUAGAAAUUCCGCUAGUUGUUCCAUAGAGCGCACAUCAGAAAAAGGACAACUAAUGUCGGCUAAAGUUACAUACGUAAAUGAGCGUCGUCCACGACCGCAUUUGCAUGGAAGUGCAAGCGUAGGAGGUUGUAGCAAUGAUGAGCGGCUCGACUUUAAAUCACGACCACGAAAGCUACUGAAAGGUAAUUAAAUUAGUUUUUAUUUACCUUUAAAGUAUCCUUGAUGUACAUUCACAGCCACUGUUAAAUGCCAUAUGCUGGUGUUUUGCAUAUCUUAUGAAGGAGCUUAAGCAUACUACUAUGUACUGUUUAAGUGUGCAAUUCUGUUCAUUUCAAUGCAUUGUUAAUUUUUGUUUCAAUCGAUUUAAUAUUCAUUUAGUUUCUUAUAUGUAUCCAUUCCAUUCUGCGUAUUGUUUGCUUUAGUUUAAAUUCAGUA